AUGGACCUCGAUUAAUAGUAAUAACCAGUUAAUUUAAAAGAGCUUAAUCUUUCUCAGAUAUCAUAUUCAAACAUCAAUGUAGAUUAAUAAGAAGAUUACUAUGGAGGUUAUUCAGGAAGAUCAUUGGAAUUAAACAUUAGAGAAUACCAAGAAGAUAAUGAAUUAAAAAAAAAAAAUCUCCAAAUUGAGUUAUCAAUAGUUGAUUAUUUGAGUUCUUUGAACAUCAAAAUGAAAACAGAUCCUAAAGCGAAAUAAGAUCGAUUCUUUUCUAAUUUAAGAAAUCAAUACAAAAGAAGAGCUUCUACUUAAUUAGAAAUUGAAAGGGAUUUUUCGGAUAAUACUCCAGACUCUAUAAUUAAAAAUUCAUAGGUUUCGAUAAAAGUUAAUUCCCUAUUGGAGAAACGAAAAUCUUAACUAAGCUUUUUCAGCACAAACUAAAGUAUUUAAAGUAAAUAGGUGAUCUCAUUAAUCUAAUAAGAGCAGGAAAAAUUGCAAAAGUAAUAAACAUAUGAAUGUGAGGAAAUAGAGAGUAUAAUUUCAAAUGAAUCGUUCUAUUGA